GUCUCGAACAACAGUUUUCUCGCCAAUUCAUUCACUCUGCGCUCUGUUCCUUCGUCUCCUACCUUGGUGCUCUGCUAAUCAACAGGUGCGAAGAGUUUGCUUCUUGAUCUUGAAGUAAUUUUAGAAUUCGUCUGAUUCUCCUCCUUCUAAGAAUCUUAUCUGUGCGAUUUGGGGUUUUGUGUUCUUGAUCUUGCAGUAUUUUUAGAACUCGUAUGAUUUCCCUCCUUCUAGGAAUAUUAUCUGUGCGAUUUAGGGUUUUGUGUUCUCGAUCUUGCAGAAAUUUUAGAAUUCGUCUGAUUUUCAUCCUUCUAGGAAUCUUAUCUGUGAGAUUUAGGGUUUUGUGUUCUCUCUUGUCUUUUGGAACCCUGUGCCAAAUCAGAAACUGUCACUGAUCUCUAUAGAACCUCAGUUUUCUGGCAAAGAUUCGUGCUGAGCUCUUUUCCCAUCAUCUCCCGCCUUAGUACUCUGUUCUGUUCAGCAGGUGCGAAGUUUUUCCCUCCUCUGCUCCUUAUCUGUGGGAUAUAGUUCUCUGCUCUUUUCCCCCUUUUGGGCCGAGUUUAUGCUGAAUUGUGUUGAUUUUAUCGAUUUUGAUUUGAUAGGCAUGGAUCUUAAUCAACUGUUGGGGGAAAAGGGAGGAUCUAAAGCGAUCCUACAUACAGCUGCAAGAAGACCUUACUAUUGCAGAAGGAGAUGAUCAGGCUACUGCUGCUGACUCCGAAGGAGAUGAUCAGGCUGGUGCAACUACCCUUACAACCACUGGACCAUCUGGGUCACAAGCUGAAACCAGCAUUGAUAUGAAUUUAGAGCACCUGAAUCAUCUUCGAGACCUGCCCUUGAGCCGAAUACUCCAGCCUCUGCGCAUACAAACGCUGGACCAUCUGGGUCCCGAGCUGAAACCAACAUUGAUCUGA